UCAGACGUGGUUAUCAAGCAGACGUGGAGUGUCGUCUGCCGUUUAAUUCUGGACUUAAUUUCCUGUGUAGAUUUAAUUAAAGCUGGAACAAUGAAGAACUUUAUCUUCUUAGCCUCUGCCUUAACGCUCGUUAUCCUCCAAGUGACAGCAGCCCCAACCCGAGCGGAAGCAGAAGAGGAGGACGCAGUUGAAAAGGAGCUUCAGCGCCAUCAUCACGCGACCGGAAGUCAAGUAGAUGACCAUUCAAACCAGAAAGACGGUGUAGACCAAUCGCUUUACGACCUCACUGUCGGUGACGUCAUUUAUGACGUAUUGCUUACGCUUCGAGAACACCCGGAAAUAGUCAAGCAACUCAUUGAAAGUGAGAAGGCUAAGCUGGCGGAGGAGUUAGCAGCGUACGAGGUAUACCGGGACACGGACACUGUGGGAGACGACCUCGCUGGCUACCCUGCCCAGCAACUUAGUUUGGCUUCUAAGAGCGUGCAGAAGAAAGCUGACCAAUCCGGAGUGCCAACAGGUCCAGACGGGGUAGCCAAUAUUGAUGAUAAGCGCGCAGAAGAAGUGACGAAUGACGCGUUCACGGGCAAGGCAGACGACAGCGAGUCCAAGGAGUUCCAUGAGUUCUUGGAAAAUCCGACCGAGGGAGGAAUUGAAGACCCCAUGCUCAACUAUGAAAAAUCAGCAUCGGCAGACGAAAAUAAAACUACAAAAGGCACAGAAACUGGGUCACUUCUUGACCGAAAUGACAUUUAUGAAAGCGGUUUUGGUCAGUACAGAUCACCGUAUGGGCUUCCGUUCCUUAACCCCAUUCCGCUGUUCCGCGGAUUUCCCGUGGCUGGGCAGGUCGAUGGUCAGGCCAUUUCUUCUGAAACAAACGAAAUUGCAGGCGAUAACUCACAAGAACUACAGACACAAGAUAAUAGUGCGAACAAUGAGGAAAACUUGGUCAAAGUACAUAACGGUGCGUCCAGACAGCGGCCUCUAACACACAAGUUCACAGACGAAGACAUCGUGAAGAUGUAAUGCACGAGCACGUGGACGUCAUCAAUCGCUCACAUAUCAUCGUAUAGUUGCAUUGGGGAAAAUGAAAUUUACGUUAAGUUCAAAGCACGUUAUCCAGUUCCUGGACAAAUUGGAUACAUACUUAUAUUAAAAUUGGGAUAUAUUUACAUGUUUCAUUGUCAUUGGAAGCUUCGAUACAUACUGAAUGCUUUAAUUCAUCAAUAUUACUUAAUUACUCGUGACAUGAAACACACCUUUCUAAAGACAAAUUAACGGGUUUAUGAAAUCUUUACCCAAUUAAACGCGUGUACGCCAUGGUCACACUUGUCUUUGACAAUCAUUAGAUCGUAUACAUGUGUAUACUAUAUCUGAUCUUAAACUUUUGUUUUAUUUAAAUUAACAUUUUUAAAAGAGUAAAACUAUUUUGUUGGGAAAAACCUAUUUUCCUAUUAAGAUUUGUUCUAUCAUGAAUGUUUUAGUUUAUAUUUUCAUAAAUCAAACCUUUAAGUUACAUUUUAGAAAUUUCUCUACGGUUGUAUGGUUAUCUACUAAUGUUAAACAAUAAACAAAAGAAACUAAAGUGUUUCAUCUUUUAAAAGACAUAUGCUGUUCCCCCGAAGGCAUAGCUGUGGCUCAUGUUGGUCGCUAUUAGAAGUACAGAAACAACCAAAGAAGCAAAGUAGAGGAGAGCAUUAUAGCCAACUUUAUUGAGUUAUAAGUUUUUAGGCAAAUGCUUCUUA